AUGACUCAAGGGUGGUGGUUGAAAUCAAAGGUUUGUUACCAACACGUUGGGUGUUUCAGCAACGCAAAGCCAUUCCACAAUGCAUGGUUAAAAUUACCUCAGUCACCAAGUACUAUUGAUACCACCUUUAACCUGUACACCAGACAAAACACGGAUACCGCCCAGAUCCUGAAUCCUUAUGAUACAAACACCGUCUCCAGUUCACACUUUGAUUCCAGUCUGCCGACAGUUUUUAUUACCCACGGAUUCCAAGAUACAGCUAAAUCUGGAUGGCCACUGGAUAUGAAAGACGCCCUUCUACAAAAUGGAGACUUGAAUGUGAUAGCUGUUGACUGGUCGAAGGGCACGGAUGGAUUACUUUACUUUCAAUCCGUCGCCAAUACUCGCCUGGUUGGGGCCACUAUUGGAAACAUGAUAAAAACUUUACAAGAUAGCGCCAGCUUAUCUGUAGAAGAGGUCCAUCUUAUCGGUCACAGUCUCGGUGCCCAAAUCAUGGGGUACGCCGGGGACUGGGUGGAGGGAAUUGGCAGAAUCACGGGUAUGUCAUAA